GAGCACGACAGUGUAAACUUGAGGAGAAGGCCCUGGCUGGCUUACUCGACGUGUAUGCUUUGAAAUUCCCGCAACAUGUUAAUGAGUUUUUAUCAAAUUUUUAUUAAAAAUUCAUGCAGUGUAUUCAGUAUACGAAAGAAAAUUUAUAGUGCAAGACAUUUACCUUCUUGAUCGAAUAUUUUCUUUAGUGUAAAUUGUGCAAUAAAGGAGUGUUUGAAGAAUGCCUGGGAAAGGGAGUAGAAAAGGAAAAUUUGGUCACGGCGGGAAGAGGACGGAGGGAACUUCCGAUGAGGAUUCGGUUAAUGAUGCUUGUAGUGUGACGAGUGGAUUGUCGGAUGCAAAUAUCGUGGAAGAAGUUAAUGAUAAUGAGGUGGAUGAACCUACUCAGCAGCAGGAGGCAUUUGAGGAGAAUUUAAGGGACGCAAUCGAUGGAUUAACGCAAAAAAGUGCCAAGGGACGAACAAAUUGUUUUCAGGGGAUUGAGAAAAUUUUUGCCACUAAAUAUGUUCCUGAUUUUGUUGAGGAUCGAAAAAUGACCAUCACAGAUGCAAUUGAACGUGGAUUGAAGAAGGGCCGCGGUGAUGAACAAUCGAUUGCUGCAAGAUUAAGUACAUUACUUUGCGUUCAAUUGGGUGCAUUUGAGAGUGCCGAAACUGUUUGCAAGGAAAUAAAAUCGACAUUAAUUUGCAUUGCCAAUGAUAAUUCGGCGUCGACUAAUGCAAGAUCAGAGUGCUGCUGGGCUUUGGGUUUAAAUCAAUUUUUCUCUGGGAACGAUUCUGCUGACACUAUUGAAAUAAUUCAAUUGUUUUCGACAAUUUUUUCCGGUUCAUUUUUAAAAGGCAAUGGCGCAUUGCCGACAAUUUCGGCUGAUGUGGCGGCUCUUCAUGCGGCAGCAAUUUCCUCGUGGACUUUACUUUUGACUGUCAUGUCACCCUUUGAAAUUUACAAUCUACUUGGAAGUAAUCGCUCCAAUACUUGUAUGCCAUCUUUGAGUCGUUUGCGAGAGUUGCUCGAAUCGCCUCAUCUUGACGUGCGUCUAUCUGCUGGCGAGGCAUUGGCAGUGAUUUUCGAACUCGGUCGUGAAUUUUGCGAUGACUACGAACAAGAAUGGGCACUUGAGUUGGUUGAGAUGCUCAGGGAUCUUGCAACCGAUUCCAACAAGUACAGAGCAAAGAAGGAUCGUAAACAACAGCGAGCGAGUUUCAGAGAUAUUUUACGCUAUAUCGAGGAUGAUAUUACACCGGAAAUGCACAUAAAAUUCGGCAAAGAAGUCUUGUAUCUAGAGGGUUGGUGCGCACGAACACAAUAUAACGCAUGCUGUCGACUUCUUGGUCCGGGAAUAAAUAUUCAUCUCUCUGAAAAUCAACUCUUGCGGGAAAUCUUUCAUCUUGGAAAUCGUGUCUUGCCAAUGCCGACAACGCAAAAAACCACCAAACUCGAAAAGACACUGAUGAACGCAGCAGCAUUUAAGGCAAGGACCAUUCUUCGUAGUAAAAAUCGCGACAAGCGUUCCGCAGCAUUGGCAUUGUAAACUUCUUCACUUUUUUUCAAUUUUUUCCCCUUAUAGUUAAUUUACCGCGUGAGAGAAUGAAUGAAUUUUACAAUUUUUAAUUUAUUGAAAACAAUUAACGGAUGAGAGAAUGAUUACUUCUAUAAAAGAAAAAGAAAUCAUGUGAAACUGUAUAUACAGAAGGACAAUUUAUUUAAAGAAACAAAAAAAAAAAGCUUCAAACAAAACUCGUAGAUUUUAAUAUUUUGCUAAUUGAAAAUACGUGUAGUUAUCGAAAUUUUGUUUACUGUAUAUACAUAUUUUUUUUAAAGAAUUUGACAAUGUUUUAGAUAAAUUCAGUUUUUUUUUCACUAUAUAGAUAAUUGAAGAAAAUUCUGAAAUAUUUUAUAUUUGUAUCUAUUUUUUCUGAAGAAAGACACGUUGAUUUAAAGAAAAAAAAGUGAUAAUUUGGACACAAAAAAAAGUAAGACAAGCAUUUAUAUAGUAAAAAAAAAUAUAUCGCUUUACGAUAAUGUUAUAUUUGUUUUUUUUUAUCGAACAUAAUUGGUAUGGAUAAAAAUAAUUCAUUUUUUUGCUCUUUAAUCGGGGCAUUGCUAGUUUUAAUUUUGUUGAUUUUUUCAUUGUAAAUUAGGAAGUGAAUUUUAAUAAAUACAGAAUUGAGAAACAAAAAA